GAUUCUUUGAACUUUGGCACCUGCUAAAUUAAACUGCUAGUGCUAGUAAUUUGAGAAGGCUAAACAAACGCUUAUAAAUAUUUUUGAGGCCAUUAAGUUUUCAUCUCAAUAUUAAUCAAACUCCUCUGUUGUGGCUGUUUAACAAGGCUGGCUACGUCUUCUCAAGGUAUCCAACAAUAAUGAAUGGGAUCUUCCGAGUACUGAUGAAACAAUUAGUACUUAAUUCGGCGAUGGAUCCUAACGGAAAAGUUAACCAUGAGCUGGAAUCGUCAGCGGAAGUACUCCUCAACACCGAUAUUCUUCGGGAGGUACUAUUAAGAGCUGAUGCGAAAACUAUAUGUACUUGUGGAUGCGUCUGCAAAAUAUGGAAUGAAACCAUUGCUGACCCUUUCUUCGUAAACAAGCACCGAGACCAAUCUAGCAAGGCAGAGUGUCUUCUCUUUCUGGUAAGUGUCCACGAGGAUUAUGGAUAUUGCCAUAAAUACACCACAGUUGAUUACAAGAAACUGGAUAUGGAAGCCAUUGUUGUGGCCGUUUUCGGAGUAGCCAAUGUGUACAACGAUCAUGACUACAUUGCAUUCGGUGGCGAUUUGGUUUGUAUUGUGAAGGAUUCUGUUUCCUUCGACGAGACCAUUGUCUUGUGGUUGUGCAAUCCUCAGACGGGCCAGACUCGUGCUUUGCCCGAACCAUUUGAUUAUACAGAUGAUUACUGUGUAAGGACAAACGAAGGAUGCGUAUUUGGAUAUGUUUCUUCUAAGAGGGAGUACGUAGUUUUGAUGAUGGGUUUGUUUUGCUACGAUGAUGAUGCCGAUUAUUAUCGUUAUUAUCGUGAUUACUAUGAAGAUGAUGAAUCUGAUUUAUUAAUGCGAGCUAAGAAAUUCGUCUUUAGCCUUGACAAGGACAAUAUAGAUUUUGCAUACUGGGAAGAAAUUCAGGGUAAUUCUCCUUGCCAUGUUGGUGAAGACGGCAUUCUGGUUGGCAAUUCUGCAUAUUGGGUAGCUGUGGAGAGAGAUGGAAGGCAAAUUGUUACACUGGAUCGAGAGGAAGACAAAUUUGGGCUCGUCGCGAAACCCGCUGACUGGAAUCCGGCAUCUACACCUUGUUUGGUUGGUCUCAAAGUGUUGUGGUCACUGAUCAAAUCUAGUGGUGAUUCCGAUUGGGAAAAGGAGUAUGAAAUCAGUUUGGAUUUUCCGGUUAGAGUAGUACCCGGAUCAUCAAGUGGUGGAGAACUAAUAAUUAAGUCGCAGCCGGACAUUGCCGGAAAAUUUGUGGAGUACUAUGUUCUUAAUCCUGAGACUGAAAGUGUAAGGUUUGUGUAUUCGGGUGAGAUCCGAAUGUACUCUGCCAAAGUGGGCUUUUACUGGAGGAGUUUCUUUGCCAUUUGA